UGCAAACGAAAAAAAAAAAAAAAAGAAAAAAUAUCUUAUCUUUAUAAAUUGGUCUUCUGUUUCUGUCAACAGAAACAAAGAAAGAAAAGAAGAGAUAUUAUAGACAUGUCAAUACUAUUACCAAAUCCACACAUUUUGUACAGAGAAAUCUACCAAAAGGAGCCCCAGCAGCAACAGCAGACCCGGAGAUCAUACGGGUCGGGUUCAAUCCUAGCCCCCAGACAAAACGGGUACGGGUUUGAUGAUCGGAGCAGAAAGGAGUUGUUGUUGUUGAGAAGAAAGAGAGAUAUAAUAAGGGCAUCUGCAUUCUGGUCAUCAUCAGAAAUAUCGAAGCCAUCUUCAAUGGAGAUGGAGAAUAUUCUAGAUUCCCAACAACUUGAUCAGAUUCUUGACACUGCUAAAGACAUCUCUCAACCCAUCCUUAUUGAUUGGAUGGCAGCCUGGUGUAGAAAAUGCAUAUAUUUGAAGCCAAAAGUGGAGAAAUUGGCUGCUGAAUAUGAUACCAAGCUGAAAUUUUAUUGCGUGGAUGUGAAUAGUGUGCCGCAAGCAUUAGUAAAGCGUGGAAACAUCUCGAAAAUGCCGACGAUUCAGAUAUGGAAAGAUGGAGAAAUGAAAGCAGAAGUGAUUGGAGGGCACAAAGCAUGGCUUGUUAUUGAAGAAAUCAGAGAAAUGAUCCAGCAAUUCUUGUAAUUAAUUAUUCACUUCAAAAAACAAAAAAAGAAAAAGAAAAGACAAGCUUUUUCCAUUGUAUGAUUUUUCCCUUUGUAUUAUAUGGCAUUUGCCUGCAAAAUUAUGAAAAGUUAUAUGUAUAAUGUGUAAAUGUAGGACAGAGGCUUGUAAAUACAUACAAGUUCGAUUUGGUAAUAUUGCAACCUGUCUACAAUCUACAAGUAGAAACAUUCACAGUUUUUGUGUCA